CUGGUUUUCAGUGCGUGUGAAUAUCCGUGAAGCGUACGACUUGCACUUUUAGAUUCCCUUCGAACAUCCGCAGUUGUUUCGGAACGAUGGCCGAUAAUGAGGAUCUUUUAGAUUACGAGGAGGAGGAUCAGACCGAGCAAGUAGUGGCCGAGGCCACCGAGCAGCCAAAAAAGGAUGUGAAAGGUACCUAUGUAUCGAUUCACAGUUCUGGAUUUCGCGACUUUCUGCUAAAGCCUGAAAUUUUACGUGCUAUUGUCGACUGUGGUUUUGAGCAUCCUUCUGAAGUACAACACGAAUGUAUUCCCCAAGCUGUGCUCGGUAUGGACAUUUUGUGUCAGGCCAAAUCGGGUAUGGGAAAGACGGCUGUGUUUGUGCUCGCCACACUGCAGCAGUUGGAACCGACGGAAAGCGUUCCGUACGUGUUGGUUAUGUGCCACACACGCGAACUCGCCUUCCAAAUCAGUAAAGAGUACGAACGAUUUUGCAAGUACAUGCCCACCAUCAAGGUGGCCGUGUUUUUCGGCGGGCUGCCAAUCCAGAAGGAUGAGGAAGUGUUAAAAACUACUACACCCCACAUCAUCGUCGGUACACCGGGCCGAGUGUUGGCGUUGAUCCGCAACAAGAAGCUGAACCUGAAAAAUCUCAAGCACUUCAUACUCGACGAAUGUGACAAAAUGCUCGAACAGCUAGAUAUGCGCCGCGAUGUUCAGGAAAUAUUUCGCAACACGCCCCAUGGAAAGCAAGUGAUGAUGUUUUCCGCUACUCUGAGCAAAGAAAUUCGUCCCGUGUGCAAAAAGUUCAUGCAAGAUCCCAUGGAAGUGUACGUCGAUGAUGAAACGAAACUUACCCUGCACGGUCUGCAGCAACAUUACGUGAAAUUGAAGGAAACGGAAAAGAACAAAAAAUUGUUCGAAUUACUCGACGUGCUGGAGUUUAACCAGGUGGUAAUAUUCGUGAAAUCCGUCCAGCGUUGUAUGGCUUUGGCACAGUUGCUGACCGAGCAAAACUUCCCGGCCAUUGGGAUUCAUCGCGGAAUGGUGCAGGAAGAACGUUUGUCACGGUAUCAACAGUUCAAGGAUUUCCAGAAGCGAAUCCUUGUCGCAACGAAUCUCUUUGGCCGAGGGAUGGAUAUCGAACGUGUGAACAUCGUUUUUAACUACGAUAUGCCGGAAGAUUCGGAUACCUAUCUUCAUCGAGUGGCUCGGGCCGGUCGUUUCGGUACCAAGGGUUUGGCUAUUACGUUCAUCUCGGACGAGGCGGAUGCUAAGAUUUUGAACGAUGUUCAGGAUCGGUUUGAUGUGAACAUCAACGAGCUGCCGGACGAAAUUGAUCUCUCCUCAUACAUCGAAGGACGAUAAAAGGGAAUGGCAUGUAUUCUGGGCUUGGUCGCGUUAUCACUACUAACAAAAGUGCAACGUAAUCCUGGGAGAUUGCACAAGAUUUUGAUAUUUAACUUGAGUAUUUUAUAUAUUUUACUUGAGUCAGGACAUUUUAAACGAGAACACGAUUUAAAAACUAAAACAGUGUUAAACAACUACAAACUGACACAUUUUACUCUAACGAUUAACCGUAAUUGAUUUUGUAUUCCCUUUCAUAAUUCGUUAUUCUGCUGAUAUUUUAAUUAUAAGUCUAUUAUUUCAAUAGCCUAAAGCAGAUAUGACCAGUUUGUCAUUAGUUCAAAUAGACGAGAUGAAGAAUAAAUAAAGUUCGG